GCUGUUCCUUGCAUCCUCCCCUAGUAGACUAUCGUCCACGACCUUCACUCUACGACUAGAGACGACAUGAAGUUCUUGUCACUUUUACUUGCUACACUAGCGCCGCUGUGUGCAAUGGGCGCUUCGGUUGUGUUGCAAGAGAAUGGCGUACAACUGCAGGAUGAGCCAGUGAAGAUCCAGGAAGGCUGGGACUGGCAAGACUGUGGCGACUCCACUGACCCGAUCCAGAUCAAGUCUAUUGAGGUGUCACCCGAUCCUCCAAAGCCUGGUCAGGACAUGACUGUGAAAGUAACAGCGUACGCCCAAGAGCGUAUCGAGGAGGGAGCGUAUGCAGAUGUGCUGGUGAAGAUCGGUGUCAUCAAGCUAUUGGAGAAACGUUUCGACUUGUGCGAGGAAGCACGGAAUGCGCAGACGGAUGUACAGUGCCCUGUUAAUGAAGGAGACUAUGUCGUAGAGCAGACAGUUGCAUUACCAAAGGAGGUCCCGAGAGCCAAGUUCCUAGUACAAGUCAGGGGAUAUACCAAGGACGACGACAACUUAGUCUGUACCGACAUCACUGUCGACUUUAGGCCGAAGUUCCCGCAUAUCUGGUGAUGGAUUCGUGGUGCGAGUGAUGAAGUUCAUAUACGCUUUGAUGGUUUCAUUUAGUCUGCCCACUCGGCCCCGAUGAGUAUACCAGCACAUUGACACAUGCCCUGUAUAUAUUUCUUGCAAUAAUCUCAUGACUGACCAGUACCUUUAUUACAAUAGUACUUAUACGUGUCCGAGCAUAUUGUCAAGCUUUGACGCAGAUC